AUGGCCCUCGACCGCCUCGUCAGUCUCAUCCUCCGCGGCGCCGAGCUCGUCUUCGCCGCCAUCGUCGCCGGCGUCAACGGCGAAUACCUGCACAAAACCAGGGGCACUGGUGGCACCCAGUGGCGCUUCAUCUACACCGAAGUCGUCGCCGCCCUCGGCAUCUUCUUCGCCCUCAUCUGGCUCAUCCCCUUCUCGAGCACCUUUUCCCACUGGCCCAUCGAUUUCCUGCUCAGCAUCCUCUUCUGGAUCGCCUUUGGCGUCCUCGUCAACCUUGUCGGUAGCAGCUGCGGCGCCGUCUUCAACUGGAAUAACGUCCACCCCGUCCAUGGUGAUCAGUGCGGCAAGUACAAGGCCACGAUUGCCUUUUCCUUCCUGUGCGCCAUCCUGUUCCUCGCGUCUGCUCUGAUCGGCCUCCUCUGGACCCGGAAGCGUGAGGUCCGGGCCGACACCGUCCACCGCCGCCGCUGGUACCACCGCGGAACCCGCCGCAGCGCCGUCUAA